UCUCUUACAAAAAUUUUGAUAUAUCAAAGCUUAGAUUUUAGAAUUUUGAUUUUGUAUCUAUUUUUUCUAUCGCUUUAUCCAUUUCAAAAAUAUAUGAUCCCUAAGCUAAAAGGGCACAUGCUAAAAACUAAUUAAAACUGAAAACUGCAUACUAAAACCUAUCAUAAAUUAUCAGAAUAACUUUAUAGUUUGCAUGACAAGUGAAAUAUCACAUUCCUCCCUCUUUCCUCCAGAUGAUUCACUAGUUCAAUACUUAAUUUUGAAAAUGAUACGUUUCAUUGGUACAACUUCCAUUGAUUCUAUUUCAGUUUUUUUUUUAAAGAUUAGACACACGUUACAUGGAAAAUCAUACAGACUAACGCAACAAAAUAAUUGAGUUCCAGACAUUAUUUGCAUUAAACAAAGAGUGGAGUCAUGUUCCGGACUUCGUUGAUAGUCACGACUUGACAACCACGCCAUUAGAAUAUUACGUGUUACUUAUAAAUAAACAAAUACGAAGUUUCUUCAACUUCAAAUCACCAAUAAGAGUUGUAAUGACGCUAGCCAUAUAACUCAUUUUGUAUAAUCUCCUCAUCACAAGCAAUCAAACAAAGGUCAACAUGUAUCACAAAUUUCAGAUCUCUGGCAAAGUCUUCAUGGCUUUGGGUUUGAAGAUGAAGAUUCUGAUAACAGUCCUCUUUAGUUGUGUACUAAUUUGGUCUACAAUGUUACUAUCAUCCUCAAACAACAACUUCAAGAACCAUUUUCUUGAUGAUACAACUAGCGAUUCAAAGGAAACACCGAGAGAUACAUUGUUAGGUGGCCUUUUAACCGCUGAUUUUGAUGAAGGUUCUUGCUUGAGUAGGUAUCAUAAAUCUUUCUUGUACCGCCAGCCUUCACCAUACAAGCCUUCUGAAUAUCUAGUCUUUAAGCUUAGAAGCAAUGAGCGGCUGCACAAACGUUGCGGUCCAGACACAAAUGCUUACAGGAAAGCCACAGAAAAUCUUGUUCGCGAUGAGAAUUAUGCAAGCAAAUCUGUUGGUGAAUGCAGAUACAUUGUGUGGGUCGCGGGUUACGGGCUUGGAAACCGAAUGCUAACUCUUGCUUCUGUGUUCCUUUACGCUCUCUUGACAGAGAGAAUCAUUCUUGUUGACAACCGCAAAGACGUUAAUGAUAUCUUAUGCGAGCCGUUUCCAGGUACUUCAUGGUUGCUUCCUCUUGACUUUCCCUUGAUGAAUUAUACUUAUGCUUAUAGCUACAACAAGGAAUACCCUCGUUGCUAUGGAACAAUGGUGAAAAAUCAUACCAUCAACUCAACUUCGAUCCCGCAUCAUCUAUAUCUUCAUAACCUCCAUGAUUCAAGGGAUGAAGAUAAGAUGUUCUUUUGCGAAAAAGAUCAAAGUUUGAUCAACAAAGUCCCUUGGUUGAUUAUUCAAGCCAAUGUCUACUUCGUUCCAUCUCUAUGGUUUAAUCCAACGUUCCAACCCGAACUGAUGAAGCUGUUCCCGCAGAAGGAUACCGUGUUUCACCACUUGGCGCGUUAUCUUUUUCACCCGACGAAUCAAGUUUGGGGUAUGAUCACUAGGCACUACCAUGCUCACUUAGCAAGAGCAGACGAGACACUCGGGAUUCAAAUACGGGUUUUCAGAAAAGACGCUGGAUAUUUCCAACACGUCAUGGACCAGAUCGUAAGUUGUACACAAAGAGCAAAACUGUUGCCUGAAUUGGCCGCACAAGAGGAAACACAAGCCAACAUGACCUAUACCCCAAAGGUUAAAGCUGUUCUUGUCACAUCUCUGUAUCCAGAGUACUCUGACAACUUAAAGAACAUGUUUUGGGAGAGACCAAGUUCGACAGGAGAGAUUAUUGAAGUUAGUCAGCCAAGUGGAGAAAGGGUUCAGCAAACAGACAAGAAGCUUCACGACCAAAAGGCGCUUGCGGAGAUGUAUCUUCUGAGCUUAACCGAAAACAUUGUCACAAGUGCAUGGUCUACAUUCGGAUAUGUUUCUUAUAGUAUUGGAGGAUUAAAGCCAUGGUUGCUUCAUACGCCAAGGGGUAACAAAACUCCUGAUCCACCGUGUGUUCGGUCCACGUCGAUGGAGCCUUGUUACCUGACUCCCCCGUCUCAUGGAUGUGACGCUGACUGGGGAAAAAACUCGGGCAAGAUUUUUCCCUUUGUUAAGAGUUGUGAGGAUGUUGUAUAUAGUGGCCUCAAGCUACAUGAUGAAUUAUAAAUCUUGUUUAUCACAGCUCAUUUCAUUAGAUUGCUGAGUUAUUGAAACCAGAGGAGAAAUGUUAUAUCUAUCUAUAUUCAUUCAAAAAAAAAUGUUAUAUCUAUUUUUGUUUUCAUCUAUAAUAAUCAAUCAUUCCUAAUGUUUAGCUUUUAAAAAAAAAAAUUAAAAUGCAAAAAUAAUCAUGUUUUUAUGCUUAAUGGAAGAUCUUAAACUUUACAGUUUACAACUGAACUAGGAUAAGACUUGCGCACGUAAAUUUAUAUAAAAAUUAUUUAAAAAAUAUCGUCUCGAAAAAAUUAUAUUAUUGAUCGAAUUAAUAUAUUUGGCUCUUAAACAAUUUUUUAAAACCUUUUCUGUUAAUUACAUAAUUUGUUUACUAAUGAACU